CAAUGAAUAUCCGUCAUUUCCAGUGUUCCGAAAACUAGUUCAGUUAUAUGCUUGCCAAUGGCGUUUGCUGCGGUGUGGUGUGAUGUGACAAGAACCUGUAUUUUGCUAAACACUGCUGAAUCGAUGUAACAGUGUUGGUCUCGCCUUUUACUAAAGAUUUCCGUAACGGCGUUGGUCUAAACUCAAAUCGUUCAAUCACAGUCAAGUUUAUCAGGCAAACAGAGAAGUUUCGUCUGUGAUAAACGAGAGAACACGAUCUUUCACGGGAAGAAGAUUUUCGCAUGCGGUCGAACGAGUUCAAUGAGAAGCGCAUGAUGAUUCUGGCAGGACGUGAAAUGUUAAAACUAGUAAACAAGCGGUUCUCCAUAUAAAUCUGUAAAUUUCUCUAUAGUUCCUGCAAACCGUGUUGUUGUCCUGUAUCAUCAUUACCUUUAUUGCACCGAGGAUUAAACAAUAAUCGCAACAAUGCCGCAAAUAAUUCGGAAAGUUAAGAGGGCCGCUGUCCUGACCAAAAGAACGCAAUGCUUGAAAAAAUAUUACAGGGAACGAUCAUACAGACCAUUAUACGAGAAACUGAAAAGCAACAACAACUACCUAGCCAAAGCGCUCUCGCAGGAGAAGCAAAACAAUCAAUCGUUGUUCACACAAAAUCUUGACUUGCUUUCAGAAAUACAAGAGCUACGUCUGGGAUAUAACGCACAAGACAAUGUGAUCACCAAUGUCCUGAAUAACACGAGGGAAAUGUUUAAAAUGUUGGUUACCAUGUCUAAUUACAUGACAAACACCAUUUCUAUAUGCCAAGAAUACGUUACUUCCAACACUACAGUGAAACUCUCGACUGCUUCGACUGGAAGAAAGGACUCAUCCAAAAGAUUGUCAACGAAAUCGCCAGCCAAGGGCGUAGUGAAGCCCAUGGUGAGCGGGCAUACCAUCACGAAACCCACAAUCAACCUGAGCCGAGUGAAUAUGGAGAAUAUUAAUAAUCCGUCGAGGUUGAGCGAUAUACCAGAGGUACCUGCAUCCAACAGAAGUUCAAUAAAUGAGGACAGAUCGCCGAUCGCCGUCCCCAUGGCCAUUACAUCGCUCAGAUACGAAAGUGGUUCUGCGCACAGGAUGCCAGAGAGGCUAGCAGUAGCUCCGCCCAGGCUUAACGAUACCCACGUGACAAACGACGAGCGAAGAUUAAAACGGAAGAGUCGCCAUUCGAAAAAAUUGUCAGGGUCGUUUUCACGAUCGCGAUCGAACAGAUGGUCCGACGAGACUCCAAGGAGCAGUAUGGGGCAUAUCAAUCAAUUAGGUGUGCCCACGGUCAAGCUCAAUGACGUGUCCAAAUUGAUGCAAAAUUCUCACAGUAUUAACAUCAGGAGACUAAUCCAUAAGGUCGGGGUGCAAGAAAAUAACGAUGCGCAUCACGACACGUCAGAAAAAAGCGUCGUAACACCGAACACGCAGGUCUCCAUUAAUCUAGACGAGGAGGAUGAAACGUGCACGUCCGCAUCGCACGAAAGGGAUUCCGGCGUACAAACGGUCAACAAGGUCUCCGACAAAGGAGACCUUACCAGGCACUCGAGUCUGACGGAGAACGCGAGACCGUCGCAGAAUAACGUUUGGGAGGAGGAUCCGCUGGAAGGUCCGAGUUGGUUGUUCAACAACACUCUGGCCGUGCCGUCGCGCGACAACGAGCCAGAGGAGUCAUCGAAUCAUCUGCGUGUCGACUCCGACUUCAAUAACAAUACGAGCGUGGACAUCGUAGAGUACGACGACGACGACGACGAUUCCAGCGCCACGGACAACAAUCGCGAGGAGUUGCCGCUCAAUCUGGGAAACUUCAUGGAACCUAGUGUGUCGACCAAUAACGCGUCGACUUUGGAGAAAGACGCGGUACCCACCUCCGACUGCGAAUCCAGCUCGAAUCAUGAUGCAGGUAAUAGUCCUUGCGCGGUAACUCCGACGGCAAGUCUGUCCGCUUGUGAAAGGAACUUGGACAAUAAUGUGGAAGAUAACACAAAUUUCUCAAAUUUCGUGACGCUGAGGCGAGGACAGUCCGAGGUCGUAGAGGAGGAGACGGAAGAUUUCACGCUGAUGCUGGCACCCAAUUGCCACCCGAUUCGAAAUAUGAAUUUUGACAUCAACGAGCUACGGUUGCCAACUCUAGACGAGCCCGCGAUAAAUUCUAACGUCGGCGAGUCCGAUGCUGAAGACAUCGCGAUAUCGAACAUAACGAGUGUCCCAGCGUCGAAUCUCGCAUUAAAUCAGGAUCAGGAUGUUAUGUCGGUGCACGACCGUGUCACGAUAAAAAUAUCGUUGCCUCCAGCUAACGAUCACGAGAGAGUGUCAACGUCAACGGAAAGGAAUAAAUACGCAAGUAAAAAGAAUAAAAGAGCAGGGGUGGCGAGCUUGAAGGAUAGAGCGGAACACGUCGACAGUGACUCGAUGACGAACAGCAGAGCGAGGAAAAGAAGCAGACCGGAGAGGAAUCGAGAUCCGAGCUCGGCGAAGGUCGUCUUGGAGAAGCUAAACGAGUCUCGUGUCAGGCAGAGAACGUCGUCGGAUGAGACGGACUCGCAAAGCACUAAUAGUUGCAUGAGGAGUACAUCUAAUCAGGCGGAGAGCUUCGAAGACACGGAGGAUAGCACGAACAGUAAUUAUGCCUCGAAUCGUCCCAGACGAAGAAAAGCCCCGAUGAAUUUGAAGGAACCUAAUAUGAAGAAGAAACUGAGACGAAGUAAAUAAACUGGAAUAAAAAGUCUAGAUAAUCGGUAAUCGGAAAUAACGGAAAAUUAUAUUAUUCACUCGAUGUAUACAAUUUUUUGAUGUAAAAAUAUUUAUGAUUAUAUCUGUACACAUAACUAUCAGAUUUAAUUACUAAAUUUGCUAAUCCAUCAGAUUCUCUUGAUAAGCUUCCUCUGCUGACACGUCGCACAUAAUCUUUGUAUCAGACUCUGAUGCAUAUGCCCGAAUAAUAUCUCCCUGCUACAAUCUUGCUUAUACACUACAUUCUUUUACAUUCUGCUAUAACAAUAUUUUAAUAAAUAUCAUAAUGCAAUUAAAAAGUGUCUAUAUCUAUCCUCUACUAAUAGUACUAAUACUUUAGUACUAAAUUAGUACAGGAUGGAUAUAGACAUUUUUUUAUUAUGAUAUUAAAAUUGUUGUAGCAGAAUGUAAAAGAAUGUAGUGCAUAUAAGCAAGAUUGUAGCUAGAAGAUACUUGGGCAUAUGUAUCAAAGUCUGAUACAAAGAUUGUGUGCGACGUGUCAGCGAAAGUAGCUUAUCAAGAGAAUUUGAUGGAUUAUUAGUAAAUUUAGCAAUUAAAUCCGAUAAUUAUGUGUACAGAUAUAAUCAUGGAUAUUUUUACAUCAAAUUGUAUCCAGAAAUAUUAUUCGUUUUUAAUUUGCACGAUUUUGAUUAUUUAAUUAAUUUUUCUGGUCCUGCAACGCACAUGUAUUAGAAAUGAAUCUGUAUUUUUUACGAUCCUGUUACCAUCUCUAAGCUGGCAAACGCUAAUUAAAAUCUUACCAACAAU